GCCAUUUUGAGCAUUUGUCGAAACGUCACUCCAUUCUCAAUCCCUCGAUCGUAUCGACUCUUGCCCCGACCCCUACAACACCUUCCAUGUCUUGUUGCCCAACCGAGUGAGGAAUUCUUUCCAACAACAUCGCUGAUCGGCCACACCAGGUACUGAGCGCCUCUCACCAAGUCACAGCAUCAUGGCUCGCCGCAGUCGUGGUAAACCCUGGAUCUGUUACUCCGAACACUGCGAGGACCUCCCGAAUUACUUGUACUUUGUCGAGCAUGCAGGAUCCCAAUCCUGUAAAGACGUUAACGGCGACUUUCGGGCAGCUGAUGGCUGCACCACAGGCCGCCGAGGUCUAGUUCGUCUUCAAAACUUGAUUGACCAGCAUUUCAGCUGGCACAAUCGGGGCCCUACGCGCUUCAUCUCCACUUUUGAAGAUUACAGACAUGCGCGAAACUGGGCUAUGCAGCGUGACAAACCGGUCACCAUCCACACAAUCAACACCUGUCUUGUGGACUAUGAUUGCCCCCCCAUCUUCUACGCGCCCAAGUUCACCGAGAACUGCUGGGAAACCAGCGAAUACCUGUUUCUCAACCGUAUUCCCGGUCAUUCUAUCAUUCGCAGCAGAAGUGUCUGAUGAGGAAAAUCCAGAGAUUUGGACGCUUUCAAGCUAUUGCUAGGGGUUCUGUCACCCACGUCUAGCUCUACUGUCAAUGGAGGUUUGCUUCACCGCGGUGUUGCCAUGAGAGGGAACGAGCUGUCAGGGACAUGCAGAAACAGGGUGUGUUCAAGAUGGACUGACGGGGAAACUCAAAUCAGCACAGAUGAAGCAAAGUGUAAGAGUGGCAGAUGACUACCUACCUAAGGAAUAUAACAGAAACCGGGGAGAGCCGCGUUUCCAACACACAA